GCCGCUGUCCACGCGCGCACAUGGCCCGGCAAUAGGGAGCCUCCCCGUCGUCCCUUCCGAACCCGAAGCGUGGGUCUCCCCCUUCCCCCUCCUUCCGGUCCUUGGCUCCUUCUUCUUCCGGUCCUCCUUUUUUCUCCCGGUUGUGAGGCGAGCGGGAAGGCCGCGCGGCCCGCCCUCGAGCGCCUCUUUUCCCAUGCAGGAGGCCCAGGAGGAGGAGAGCCUGGCCACAGUCGCCGCCCCAGGAGCAGAGAAGGCCGCGGAGGGGGGCGGCUGUCAGGAGGAGGAGGCCGAGGCCGAGAAGCCGGAGAGGCCUCCCAACGAAGAGCCGGAGGCAAAGAAGGCCGAGGCCCCGAAGGAGGAGAAGAUAAAAGAGGAGGAGAAGGAGGCAAAGGAGGAAGAAGAAGAGGGAGCCGAAGAAGAGGGGCCUCAGCAGGAACAGCUCUCCUCCUCAGCCCCCCUUCAGGAGCCGCCAUCGCCGCCUCAGGAGCCUCAGCUGUCGCCGCUUCGACAGCCGCCAUCGCCGCCUCAGGAGCCUCCAAGUCCCCCAGUCUCUGAAGGGGAGCCGCCUCCGCCGCCUUCAGGGCCAGAGGAAGCUCCCAGUUUGAAGAAAGAAUUAGAGAAGGAAGAGGAGAAAGAAGAGGAGGAGCAAGAGGAAGAAAAGGAAGCUCCUGAGGAGAAAGAGGAGGCAGGACAGGAGCCUCCGCCGUCUCCACCUCGAAAGGAGGAAGAAGAAGAGGAGGAGGAAGAGGAGAAGAAGAAGGAGACAGAGAUCCUCAAAGAGGAGGAGAAGGAGGAGAAAGAGAGCCAGGAGCCUCCUCUGCCCACUGAGGAUGGGGAGCAGCCCAAGGAGGGAGAGGAGGAGGAAGAGGAGGAGGAUGAGAUCUCCUUCAGCGACUCUGAGAGCUUCGUGGAUGACAUCGAGGACGAAGAAUUACUUGAAGAUAUUCUCCAAGAACGUCCGCAGGAGGCAGAUGGGAUCGAUUCAGUGAUUGUAGUGGAUAAUAUCCCCCAGGUUGGGCCAGACCGUCUUGAGAAGCUGAAGAAUGUUAUCCAUAAGAUUUUCUCAAAGUUUGGGACAAUUACCAAUGAAUUUUGCCCAGAAGCUGACGGUCAGACUAAAGGAUAUAUUUUCUUGGAAUACACGUCUCCAAUACAUGCUUUGGAUGCUGUUAAAAAUACAGAUGGCUAUAGGCUGGAUAAGCAACACAUUUUCAGGGUGAACCUUUUCACUGACUUUGACAAAUAUAUGACAAUCAGUGAUGAAUGGGAAAUUCCAGAAAAACAGCCAUUUAAAGACCUGGGGAAUUUGCGCUACUGGUUGGAGGAUCCAGAUUGUAGAGAUCAGUACAGUGUGAUCUUUGAAUCUGGAGAUAGGACCUCUAUAUACUGGAAUGAUGUUAAGGAUCCUGUUACAAUUGAGGAGCGGACUCGAUGGACAGAAACGUAUGUACGCUGGUCUCCAAAGGGUACCUAUCUGGCUACAUUCCAUCAGAGGGGCAUUGCUCUCUGGGGAGGAGAGAAAUUCAAACAGAUUCAGAAGUUCGGCCAUGAAGGGGUGCAACUCAUUGACUUCUCACCUUGUGAAAGGUACCUAGUAACAUUCAGCCCUCUAAUGGACACACAGGAUGACCCUCAAGCGAUCAUUAUUUGGGACAUCUUAACUGGGCAGAAGAAACGAGGAUUCCAUUGUGAAAGUUCAGCACACUGGCCCAUUUUUAAGUGGAGUCACGAUGGAAAAUUCUUUGCUCGAAUGAUAUCUGACACACUUAGCAUCUAUGAAACGCCUUCCAUGGGUCUGUUGGACAAGAAAAGUUUGAAAAUUGCAGGAAUCAAAGACUUCUCCUGGUCUCCAGGUGGCAACAUAAUUGCCUUUUGGGUGCCUGAGGACAAAGAUAUCCCAGCAAGGGUGACGCUGAUGCAGCUGCCUUCCAGACAAGAAAUCAGAGUGCGCAACUUGUUCAAUGUGGUGGACUGCAAGCUGCAUUGGCAGAAGAAUGGGGAUUAUCUCUGUGUGAAAGUUGACAGAACCCCAAAGGGCACACAGGGUGUAGUGACCAACUUUGAAAUCUUCCGCAUGAGAGAGAAGCAAGUUCCAGUUGAUGUGGUAGAAAUGAAAGAAAGCAUCAUUGCCUUUGCUUGGGAGCCAAAUGGAAGCAAGUUUGCUGUGCUACAUGGGGAGACACCACGAAUAUCCUGUUCUUUCUACCAUGUGAAGAACAAUGGGAAGAUAGAGCUUAUUAAAAUCUUUGACAAGCAGCAGGCAAACACGAUAUUCUGGAGUCCUCAAGGACAGUUUGUGGUGUUGGCUGGUCUCAGGAGCAUGAAUGGUGCCUUAGCAUUUGUGGAUACAUCUGACUGCACCAUGAUGAACAUUGCUGAGCAUUACACCGCUUCAGAUGUUGAGUGGGAUCCAACAGGUCGCUAUGUGGUGACCUCUGUUUCUUGGUGGAGUCACAAGGUGGACAAUGCCUACUGGCUGUGGACUUUCCAGGGUCGCCUCCUCCAGAAGAAUAACAAAGACCGAUUCUGCCAGUUAUUGUGGAGACCCAGACCACCUACUUUGCUCACCCAAGAUCAAAUAAAGCAAAUCAAGAAAGAUCUGAAGAGAUACUCGAAAAUAUUUGAACAGAAGGAUCGUCUCAGCCAAUCUAAAGCCUCAAAGGAAUUGGUAGAUAGAAGACGAACAAUGAUGGAAGAGUUCAAGAAAUAUCGCAAGAUGGCACAGGAGCUGUACAUGGAACAGAGGAAUGAGCGGCUGGAACUCAGAGGAGGAGUGGACACGGAUGAGCUGGACAGCAAUGUAGACGACUGGGAGGAGGAGACUGUUGAAUUUUUUAUCAAUGAAGAAAUUAUUACAGUUGUAGAGCCAGAGUAAUCCGAAAACUGUGCACCACCACAUCUUAUACUGGAAGGGAAUUGUUCGCUUUCAGAAGGUCUACACAGCUUGGAAUUUUUAAAAAUCCAAAUUCUUUUUCUGGACGGUGAAUGCACAGGAUUCAUUCAUUCUGACACAUUGUAGUGCCUUCUAGUCCUCACUGCCUACCGUGGGGUCCUUUGAAAGGCACUGCUUUUAAAUUUUUAUUCCUUUAUUUGGGGAGGGUUUAGCUUAAUUUUUAGAAACCUACCACCAGUAUUUGCUGCUUUGGCACCCCAGCAGUGCUCCCUAACCAGGUAGCUUGGAACUGUUGCCCUUUCAAGUGCAGCCUUGGUCCACUUUUCAGCGUCUUGCCGCAAACUCACAAUGCCUUUGUUUGCAGAGGACUGUGUCCCAAGCACAUGGACAAGUGUUGGUUUUGUAAGGGGAAUGAUCAGCGAGAGAACAGUUCUUCACACGAUGCGCUUUAGUGUGCUGAAGCAGCACUACAGUGGGCUUUACCCUCCUCCAUUCAGAUUGUGACAGGAUCUCUCCACAGGUUGAACAUUGGAAAUAAACCAGACCGAUAAUGCUUAACAAAGAAAGCUGUCUGUGUCAUUUGAGACUUCCAGUCUCUGAAAUGUGUUGGUUUGAUGCUUGUCUGUCAAAUUUUGCAUCCUUUUGAAUGCAUAUCCUCCUUUCUUCAUAUCCAAACAAAUAAAAGAGACCAUAGAAAUUA